AUGGAAGGCGAAAACUUCCCUUAUCUUUUCGAGCCUUCUUUUCCGUUGGCCUCGUUGAAUUCGCCGUCCUUUUUAGACCAACCCAUGAACAACUCUCAGUAUGCCUCAGAUUUUGAUCUGGCUAACAUGCUGUCUGGUUCCAUGGUUAAUGGGGGCGAAAACACGGUUUUUCCAAGUUUAUCGACGAAUUCUAGGAACACGAAUGAAGGGGAGAAUGUAAACAAAAAUAAAGCGAAAUCUGGAAGAAAGAAGAAAUAUAUUCCACCAAGGGUUGCUUUUCAUACCAGAAGCGCAGAGGACAUUCUUGAUGAUGGAUACAAAUGGCGAAAAUAUGGGCAGAAAGCUGUGAAGAAUAGUGCUCAUCCCAGGAGCUACUAUCGUUGCACGCACCAUACAUGCAAUGUAAAGAAACAGAUUCAGAGACUCGCGAAAGACACUAGCAUUGUUGUGACAACGUAUGAAGGCAUUCACAAUCAUCCUUGUGAGAAACUAAUGGAGACCUUGAUUCCAUUGGUGAAGCAACUUCAAUUUCUCUCAAAAUUUCCUAACCUGCCAAGUUGUUGA